CAUCUUGGAGGAUGUUUGUUGCUCCCCAGCCUGCUUUUAGGUUUCUGAAUUCAGACUGGCAGGCUUCCCAAAUGUAGCUUCCCAUUCUAUCAGCAGUGACAGUUGAGACUUAGCCAGUAAGUUCCUGGGAGUUGUAGCUUCAAGCCUAGCUGUUCUGCCAGCUUGUGAGUUCUGUCACUGGGGCCAGUUUCUAACACUUAUUCUCACUGUUAAAUGGAGACCACAGACUUGGCCUAUCCCAAAGGUCUAUGGGGAGUGGCAGUGGAAUCUUGCACUGUUUAGAUGCUGACUCUCCAUAAUAUGCGUGAGUCAGACCAUUCAGGAUGUUGUCUCUACUCCUUUACUGCUUCGAGUUUUACAGUAUAGCUAAGGAGAAACCUAAGGUUACAGUGUCACCGCACAGCCUGUGUCCUUCCCCAGGUUCCUGCCUAAAGACCAGCUGGGUACCCUCUCUGACCCUCCACAUCACCAUGCACUCCUUGGACGAGCCGCUUGACCUAAAGCUGAGCAUCACCAAGCUCCGGGCGGCGAGAGAGAAGCGGGAAAGGACUCUGGAUGUGGUCCGGCAUCAUGCUUUGCAUAGGGAGUUGGGCCUGGUGGAUGAUAGCCCCACACCUGGCUCCCCAGGCUCCCCCCCACCAGGCUUCCUGCUGAACCCCAAGUUCCCUGAGAAGGUAGAUGGACGCUUUUCCACAGCCCCCCUGGUGGACCUCAGCUUAUCACCACCGUCUGGACUGGACUCCCCAAAUGGCAGCAGCUCCCUGUCCCCUGAGCGCCAGGGCAGUGGCGACCUGCCGCCAUUGCCUACUGCUCUGGAUUUCCAACCACUUCGCUAUUUGGAUGGUGUCCCCAGUUCUUUCCAGUUCUUCUUGCCCCUGGGCUCUGGGGGAGCUCUGCACUUACCUGCUUCCUCCUUCCUCACGCCCCCCAAGGACAAGUGCCUCUCACCAGAGCUGCCCCUGGCAAAGCAGCUGGUGUGUCGAUGGGCCAAGUGUAACCAGCUCUUUGAGCUCCUCCAAGACCUGGUUGACCAUGUCAAUGACCACCAUGUCAAGCCGGAACAGGAUGCUCGGUACUGCUGCCAUUGGGAGGGCUGUGCCCGCCACGGCCGUGGCUUCAAUGCCAGGUACAAGAUGCUCAUCCACAUCCGGACUCAUACCAAUGAGAAGCCACACCGAUGCCCCACCUGCAACAAGAGCUUCUCCCGCCUGGAGAACCUGAAGAUCCACAACCGCUCCCACACAGGUGAGAAGCCCUACGUCUGCCCCUACGAGGGCUGCAACAAGCGUUAUUCCAACUCGAGUGACCGAUUCAAGCACACCCGUACGCACUACGUAGACAAGCCCUACUACUGCAAGAUGCCUGGCUGCCACAAGCGCUACACAGACCCCAGCUCACUGCGCAAGCACAUCAAAGCCCAUGGCCACUUUGUGUCUCAGGAGCAGCAGGAGCUCCUACAGCUGCGCCCACCCCCGAAACCACCACUGCCCACUUCCGACAGUGGCUCCUAUGUCAGUGGAGCUCAGAUCAUCAUCCCCAACCCUGCUGCCCUUUUUGGAGGCCCCAGUCUACCUGGCCUGCCCUUACCCUUGGCCCCUGGUCCCCUUGACCUCAGUGCUCUGGCCUGUGGCAAUGGUGGGGGUGGGGGUGGGGGCAUGGGCCCUGGGCUGCCAGGCUCUGUUCUGCCCCUCAAUCUGGCCAAGAACCCACUGUUGCCCUCACCCUUUGGGGCUGGUGGACUAGGUCUACCUGUGGUCUCUCUCCUGGGUGGUUCUGCUGGUAGCAAGGCUGAGGGGGAGAAAGGUCGUGGGUCACUGCCUGCCAGGGUCCUGGGCCUAGAGGACCAUAAGACUCCUCUGGAAAGGACGGAGCGCAGCCGCUCCCGGCCAAGCCCUGAUGGACUCCCCUUGCUACCGGGAACUGUACUGGACCUGUCCACGGGCAACUCAGCAGCCAGCAGUCCAGAGGCGUUAACUCCUGGCUGGGUGGUCAUCCCUCCAGGGUCUGUGCUGCUCAAACCAGCUGUGGUAAACUGAACCUGGGCUACCCAUCUACCAGCUGUGACAGCCCAGCUACCUGUGGGCUCAUCCCCUGACGAACAGAAACUAUUCUGCGAAAUAGCAAUAAUAUCCUACUGUUUCAGGGGCCCAAGUGUCUGCUUCCUGGGAAGCUGCAGCCCCAGACAAGCUGGGUAGCAAGGAUGGUGCUAGCUAGGUCUUUGGUGGCUCCAGAGUGCGGACUUGGCUUGGACCUGCUGUCCAAGGAGGCCAUGCUCUUGGAUGCUAAGGCCUCACUCGCCUCCAUUCCCUAGCACAUCGUUUGGGGGAGGCCUUCCUCUGCCUGUCCUCCAAGGACCCCUAGUCCUGCCUCUUGCUCUGGUACAUUCCUCUCCGUGAGCAGUCUGGGCAGGUUGUUAUUCCUCCCUGCCUUACCUACUUGUCAACCGGGAAGCCCUCAGUGAUUAUAAACCCAUGCUUGGGAAUUCCUUAGACUCCUUUCCCUCUGGCACACCCACUGGAGGGAGAGCAAGACAGACACAGGCCAAGCUACAGGAAAAAGCUGCCUUUUCCUACCUACUGCUAUGACAAGGUGUUUCCCUGCUUACUUGGCAGAGAAGCCUGCUGCCAGUGCCCCCUUCUGCCUGAGUCAGCACUGCCAAAGGGUUGGCAACACUUUCUAAAGAAGGGGUAGCUGAGCACUCGCCUUUCCCUCGGGAGUGUACAGGCAGGUCCAAAAGGACCGUUUCACUGGUCCAGUUCAGCUUGGGUUGGCCUGGCAGUGUUAUCCUGCAGAAGCCUGGAUAUCCUGUAGCAGUCUACACCAGUGGACUACCAAGCUUGGGAAGCAGCUACAGGUUUGGGGGUUACGAAGUCAUGGAAUGCAGGAAGAACUGAUUCAUCUGACUGGAGCUUUCUAGAAACCACAAACUGAAGCCUAUGGGUGUGAGGGAGGCUAGGCAGCCAAGAGCAGCUCUUGGAGGACCAACUGCCAGCUAGGGAAAAGCUGGCUUGAGAGUGGACUGGACAUGUGACAAGGUUGUUUUCUCUGACUUUCCAGUUGAGUUCUUUCCUUGGUGGUGCCUCUUUUGCCCACAAGCUCUACCCAAGCCAGCUCCCCAGGGCUUGUACUAUUCAGAAUAAGGUCUAGCACUGAUGUAGGGCUAGAAAGCCAAGGACAUUGGAGGACUGUACUCUACAGCUCCAGAAGGCUAGAUGUGCCAACUUGGGCCUCUUGCUGUCCCCUGUACUAUGAUACAGAGUGGCUAAGCGCCUCCUCUCCCCAUCUGUAGAACAAAAGAGUUGCUGGGAUGGUAGGGUCCUUAGUAGCUCUGUGGUUCCUCUGAGCAGCUUGCCUGUUUUUUUCCAGACUGCCCUUCUGUUUCAGAAGGGGCACCCUGACCUGCCCUGCCCGACUGCUGAGCUUAGGACCCCAGCCCUGAUAGGGCUUGGCCGUGCUGGCUCUACCCCUUGAAGGGGCUGUGAGCAAGUUAAGGAGCUGGUCUCCUGUCUUCGGGUCUACCCAUGAUCCAAGCAGCCUCUUGGCUCCGUUAGGGCCCUAGGCCUUACUUAGGUCCCUGGCUGGGAACUGGGUUUGAGACUCAAGCCUGAGAACAGAGGAACAGGGCACUGGAAGGUGACAUUAGCUCAGCAUGUGAUUCAGUGAUAGACCAGGCUUGGAAGGGCCAGUGUACUUGUCAGUUUGUUGUUGCACAUUCCAGGACAUCAGUAUUUUAACAGGUUCUAAGUGCCUUUCUAUUGUAGCUUAUGUUUUUCCUCCUUUUGGCUCCAUUGCUGUUAGCAUAGAGUUUAAAAAAAAAUAAGCUAAUGACUAUAACAAUUUAUUUCCUCCAUGUGAGAGGAAGUUUAUAAAGAAACAAUAAAAAUGAGUUGCAAAGA